AUGACCAGUUCCGACUCCAGCAAUUCGUCAAUGGGCGUUUCGAAAGACCCGACAAAGCCAAAUGAUCUUCAAUCUAAGCCUUACAUGCAAGCCUGGCGGCCGACGCUCGAUGAAGUGCUGAAUAACACCACCCCUCCACCGUACACGCUCAACGAAUUCGUAAAAUACCUCUCCAAAAACCAUUGCCUCGAGACCCUAGAGUUUAUUCUCGAAGCGAGGCGAUAUCGCGCAAGCUACAAGUCAUUAGUGGAAGCAGCAGGGGAGUCUACAGUGACAACCAACUCAUCGUCAAGCGUCAAUCUGAGAAUGCUCUAUCAGCUUCUCCUGACGACGUACAUUCUCCCCGGGGCGGCCCGUGAGGUCAACCUGUCUGUCAACGUACGUGAUGCCCUCUUGCGACACAAAAAUAUGUCGACACCACCACUACCUGAGACGCUUGACCCCGCCGUGAAAAACAUUCACGACCUGAUGGAGGAUUCAAUCUUCGUUUCGUUCCUGAACAGCCCCUCCACCUUUGUUCACCUAGACCCAACCCCCGGGAUCGGUUCUUCCGUUGCCGCGACUUUCGCAAACAAAGGUUACCAGGUCGCCAUCGCAUCGCGGAAGGGCACCGGCAGCAAGACAAGCGAAGGAUUCCUCUCCCUCCCGGCCGACUUCGCUAAUCCGGACUCCGUCCCCGCGCUAUUCAACGCCGUCAAGAGCACCUUCAACGCAACCCCUAGUGUCGUCGUCUACAACGCGGCGAGUCUCACACCUCCCCCGGACAACGACUCCGUCCUCUCAAUCCCGGCUGAGAGCGUGACAGCCGACUUGAACAUCAACACCGUCAGCCCCUACGUCGCGGCCCAGCAAGCCGUGCAGGCCUGGGAGGGUCUACCCCAGGACGCCCGGAAGACGUUUAUCUACACCGGUAACAUGCUGAAUGUUACCGUGGUUCCUGUGUCGUGGAUGCUGAAUCUCGGUAUGGGUUCUUUUGCCGAUGAACGUACUGAGAACAGGACGGCCGUAGGUAACGCUCCUGAUGGAGCUGCCCAUGCGGAGCUUUAUACCAAGCUUGCGAGCCAUGAGGGGAAUGUCCCGUGGCAUGCCACGUUUAUAAAGGGCAAAGGCUAUGUGAAGUUUGAUUGA